AUUUCACCUAAAUAUGAGAAAAAAAACAAAAGGAAAAAUUCUACAUUCCACUAAUCAGAUUUUAAUAAAUAUUAUUUCUUUAUCUUCUUUCAGUUUUCUUGAUUAAAAUGGUUUAUCCUUUUUCCAAGCAAAGGUUUAGAACGCAAAAAUUUGAAAAGUGCUGCAACUAAAUGUCAAUCCCUUUUUUUUGAUCGAAAAAAAAAGAUUUUUACCUGAACUAAUAAUCAUUGACCAAUGGCAACGAAAGAAAAACCCAUUGAAAAAUUUACAUUCCAUUUUACAGUUCUCAUAAAGUAAAAUAUUGCAAUUCUUGGUAGCACUAAAAAUUGAAAAUGAAUCAAUUUAAGACAAUUAGACUCAUCAAGUGAAGUGAUGAAUAAAUUUGAAAACAAAAGUAUUAAAACCUCAGAUCAAAAAAGAUUACAAAAGAUAGAGGCAGAUUCUAAUUUUGCUCUUUUGACCCUAUGGAUUUAAAAACUUGUUUUUCUUUCUGGAAUUACAGCAAACUCAACAAGUCGAAGUUAUUCAAUACAGCUGCUUUUGCAACAAAACAAUCGCAAUACAUUCCAACAUACCACUUCUAUUCUCAAUAUCUGUUGGGCAAUACUGGAAGAUAUAUCUCUUAUCUCAUUCGCUUUCUCAACUUUACACAAAAGGCGUUUGUACGCAGACAACUGCAUAUACAAAAACCACACCGACGGAUUGCUUAUUUAUAAAUGAGCCAGGCGAGGUUCGAACAGUAGACCUACUUUUGUGGUUCUCCGAGCCCAAAACAGCCGUGUUGAUCUGUUCAUCAGAUCAAACAUUGUUUGGUAUUUGCAGCAGUGUUCAACAGGUUGGAGUAAUCAUUUGAUACUGUACUGUUGAGGAGAUGUUGUGGUUGACUGAGACUCAGAAGUUUGGAGUUGGAUUUACAGCUUUAGGUGUUGUGGUAUUUUUCCUUGGAGU